AUGUCUUCUAUGACUAGCUCCCCUUCCAGUAGUGGAAAGAAAGUUAAAGUUGCCAAGCGAAAACCAGCUACACGACGCGCGCCAUCAGCAUCCGAGAUCGCUAAAAGUGUUAAACAUUUUGAGACCUGGAGCACUCAUCAGAAUCUGGAACAGGCAGAAUUCAACGACCUCCCCGAGGACCUUAUGAAGGAUGUCAAGGCCGUGUUCAGUACCUCCGCCCUCGUCCCCUUGAGUUGGGUUCAGCAGGGCUCCCGGGACCAUCGGUGGCUCGUAUCUUGCUCUUCCCCAGAAUUCAUUUCGUUCAUAAAUGAGGCUCACGAAGCCGAUCCUGAGUUAUUCUUUGAUGACCGGGAGAGGAGAACGAAUGCAUUCCAGCUACUUUCCGCUCUUAUUCACAUAUUCUCAGCCUGGAUGAGCUUGAAGCGCAUGUUAGCGUCCUUGAUACGAUUUUCUGAAGCAGAUUUCGUGGCGAACGUUUACACUCCUCUCCGGAGUCCUGCCAUAACCGAAAGCACUCAACGAAUCCAACCUCGUAUUUGCCUCCCACAACCCUCCGUUCUUAGAAAGUUGGGGUCAGACGCAGCCCUGAUUCUUAGCACCAAAUUGGUGAUCCCUGAUACUGCCAUUCUAAUCCCAGCUUCCUCUAUCAAGCACUUAUCCUCUUCCGCCUCUUCACCUUAUAAGGCACUGAAUAAGGUCAUCAAAGCCGGGAAUGCUAGCAAAGGUUCCUCGUUCCGCUACCAAGCAACGAUUUGCGACCGUCUACCGGAUAAUCCUGGCUUUGAAUUCGCGAGCAGUUUUUGGGAAGACAAAAAGCCCCAGCAUCCAAACCCGGAAGACGCUUACAGGCAGAACAGGAUGUCCACCGCUGCUGCAGUGCGACAGCUACAUGCUUUGCACGUUCGGGUACCUAUUUUCGGAUUAGUCUGGUGUAGUGGCACUGUCAAAGCACACGUUGACUUUAUUGGGAACUCUGAGGCAGAUGAAAUACCGACUGUACUCUCAGCGCCCUACGCUAGGCGAGGCGAUGGAGAGGGAUUCGAGUGGCGCUUGGAACGGCCUGCAGAUAUCAUCCAAGUGCAUUUCCUUAUCAGAAACAUCGAUAAAUGGACCAUCGGUUGUUUUCGAGAAAGAGUUCUGGUAGGAAUCAAGAAACUUGUUGACCAUACCAUCACUCAAGGGAAGAACUUUGAGCCUUGGAGACGAUGUGGGGAGAUAGCUACCACCCGCAGUAGGAAGCAGAAAGAAAAUCUCAAAGUCGCAUCUCAUUCCUCCGGGUCAAUAUCGGAAGAACCAAAGGCUCGAACGCGAAAACGGUAG